AUGAGAAUUUCCAAAGCCGCUGGCCCCGACAACUUGCCAGCAUCUCUCUUGAAGGAUGCGUCUGAAGAACUAGCGCUGCCUCUUUGUAUAUUGGUCAACAUGAGUUUUGAAUAUGGAACUUUCCCAAAUGCAGAAAAAUGCGGAAAAGUUAUCCCGAUCUAUAAAUCCGAAGAUCGAGCAUCUUUCGACAAUUAUCGACCUAUAUCGGUCCUAAAUACGGUUUCAAAAGUCAUCGAAAGGAUUGCACAUCAGCAAAUCACAGACUAUCUUGAAAGAAACCAAUUACUCUGCCCUCAACAAUUUGGUUUCAGACGUGGGAAAUGUACCCAGCAUGCUGUGACAUAUCUCAACGAACAUAUUCGUCAAAAUAUGGAUAAAAGUCGAUGUACUGGUGUAGUAUAUCUGGACUUACGAAAAGCAUUUGAUACGGUUAGUCAUGCAUGUUUGCUCAAUAAGCUGCCGUAUUAUGGAAUAAGAAACAUCGAACUUCUUUGGAUGAAGGAUUAUUUACUCAAUCGAUCUCAGUUCGUAUACUUCAACCAAGUUAAAUCAGAUGAGAAGCAUGUAUCCUGCGGUGUCCCACAAGGAUCAAUUCUCGGCCCUCUUCUGUUUGUCUUACAGAUUAACGAUUUAUACUUGUCUUUGAAGAAAUGUAACAUCAUAAUGUAUGCUGAUGAUACUGUGCUAUAUUAUUCAGCGAAUGGCACAGAUGAAAUCCAGAGAUCUAUCAAUAGUGAUAUCGAACGUGUUUCCCAAUGGCUGGACUCAAAUAAGUUAAUUGUUAACCUGAAAAAAGGAAAAACUGAAUUUGUAUUAUAUGGAACGCCUCAAAAAUUAGCACGUCAACAGGAUUGCAGUAUAAUGAUGAACGGGACAUCUAUCAAUCAAGUUAAAGAGUGUGAAUACUUGGGUAUUAUUAUGGAUAACCAUCUAACUCUAUCAAGUCAAGUGUCAAAAGUAUAUAAGAGAGUUUCGUCUCGUUUGAGCCAACUCUCACGAAUACGCUCUAAUAUAAGUCCCUAUGUUGCGGAAAGAAUUUAUCGAACAAUGAUCUAUCCCAUUAUGUUUUACUGCUAUCCAGUGUAUUUGGGCCUCAGUAACACAGCUAAUUCCAAAAUACAGAGACUGCAAGAUAGAGCGGCAAGAAUAAUUGGUCCAAAAAAUUGUUUACAUGAUGAUUGUGUAACUAGUCGCAAAAGAUGUGUUGUAAUGGAUGUUUUUAAAUCUUUACAUUCGAUUGGCCCAAAUUUUCCCCACGUGAACUUCCAACGUUUCAAUCACGGAAUAAACACGCGAAGCAACAACUCACGUUUAAUUGUACCGAAAGUUAAGACAGAGGCCGGUAGAAAGUCGUUCUCCGUGCAAGGAGUUUUGCUGUUUAAUUCACUAAGCGAGGAAAUAAGGAAUGAGAACUCGUAUAUUAACUUUAAAAGAAAAGUUGAAUCUUUUAACUUUAGUUCGCCGUAA